AUGCCGUACCGAAACACAGAAGAAGUAAGUUUACAGAAAAUAUCAAAUUUCAGACAUAAUUACAAAGAUCAAGGUGAGAAGGGAGUAAAUGGACAAAACAUCAUGAGCAAUUUGAGAGAUUAUGAUGAACAUUGCAAGACAUAUGACAAUGUCAGAUUUGCUGAUGGAGCAGAUGUAAUGUCAUAUAUGGUAAAAGGAAUGCUGAAGAUGGAUCCUUCAAAGAUCCAUAUGUUGGAAGCAGGAUGUGGAACAGGAAAUUAUAGUCUUGCAUUAAUUGAAAAUGGCAUUGGAAAAUUAACCUUGUUAGAUGCAAGUUCUGGAAUGCUUGAAAAAGCAAAGUCAAAACUGUCCAAGUAUAAAGACAGAGUUGUGGAAGUGAAACAACAUCAUCUGCCUCACAUUCCGUUUGCUGAUGACACAUUUGAUGCUUGUACUUUUAUACAAGUAUUGCAUCAUUUGGAUGUUUCAAAGGAGGAAAAAAAUGUUUCUAACUACAAUAAUGCAGAAAAAGCGAUAGUAGAAGCUUACAGAGUGUUAAAGCCGGGUGGUGUUUUAGUAAUUGAUCAUUUUUUUCGGCAAAAUAUCGAUGCUUUUUUUUCUCCAUCUCUAGCACCAAAAGCAAAUGCGUAUUUGAGACAGGUCUAUAUGGAUGAAGAGGAUCUUAUUCACGUGCUGAGGAAGAAAGGCUUUGGGAACAUUUCCUACGUAAGCCAACCAGGCUCGUAUUCAAAUAAAGGUUAUUUAGAAAUAGAAAAUCUUUUAAAUCCAAACUGGCGAAAAAGCGAUUGUCUUUGGCAAAUAUUGGAGGAAAGUGGAGAACUAGAUUCCUUAUUGAAGCUGUUACAGAAACAUAAAGAUGAAGCGACGUUAAUUCAUUUUGCGCACGAUUUUUAUCAAUUGAAUAGGAAAGUUGGUGAACAUACUAUGUUAUUUGCUCAGAAGUUGUAA